CAAAACCUUCUCAAACUCACCAUGUGGAGGCCAGUAAUCUUGACUUUGUGCUUGUUGGUGGCAUUGGUAGACAAGGUGCGGUCUAAUGAUGAAAGUCUCUCUUUCUAUGGGGUGAAACUGUGUGGAAGAGAGUUCAUACGAGCUGUCAUCUUUACCUGUGGUGGUUCCCGCUGGAGGAGAAGCGUGGGAGACUCAGCUCUUAUUGGAGAAGAGGCCUUUGACCCAUGGCACUCAAAUCCCAUCCCUCAAAUUGCUGGAGAGCAGGAUCCUGCAAAGUCCCAAACAAGGAAAGAUCAUACAUCAAAUGUGGCUGCUGGACUCUUCCGCUCAGCUCGUUCACCAAUCUCAGAGGAGGUGCUGGAGGCUCUGCGGAGUGCAGACAGAAAAGGACGGGAUGUAGUUGUUGGACUUUCCAAUGCCUGCUGCAAGUGGGGCUGUAGCAAGGGUGAAAUCAGCUCAUUAUGUUGA